AUGGAACUUCCAUCCUUCGCGGGCAAUUCCACUGAGUGGGUCGCCUUCUACGACGCUUUUGUUACCCUCGUAGAUUCUAACUCUUCAUUGUCAGGUGGUCAAAAGCUACACUACUUACGUAGCUGCUUAAAGGGUGAUGCGCUUAGCAUUAUCAGCGGUUUCCAAAUUUGCGAUGCCAACUAUACGGAGGCAUGGAAUCUUCUAAAGUCGCGAUAUAAAGUCAUGCGAGUUAUUGUCGAAUCGCACUUUCGGGCAAUUGCAGAGAUACGUAAAGCGACGAGCGACACUGCUGACUCCAUUAAGAACGUGUUGAAUGCAUUCCAACAACACAUAAGGGAACUUAAGGCUUUAGGGCGACCAGUGGAUUUUUGGGACGAUUGGUUAGUACAUGAAACUGUAACCAGACUCUCCUACGAAACUCGCAAACAGUGGGAGUUGUCACUCACUAGCGACGAUCCUCCUACCUUCGAAGACCUUUCGUCCUUUUUGGAAAUAAGGUGUCGCUCAUUAUCGAUGAUAUCAACGCCGGCAACCCAGUCAUGGCCAGGAAAACCGAACAAUCAAAAAUUGGUCGGAAAAUCGGCAAAGGUUUUUCAUGCCACCGCAGAUCAAUCGCGUUGUACGUAUUGUAACGCAGGUCACAGAAUUUAUUCUUGUGAAAAAUUCCGUAGUUUAGAUGCAAACGCUAGACUCAAUUUUGUGAAAGAUUUCAAGGCGUGCUUAAACUGCUUAAGUACCGGACAUUUUAAGGAACGCUGCAAUAGCGGGUCUUCCUCUCGAAUAUGUCGGCAACGCCACCAUACAUUGCUUCAUAGUUCGCCAGAGGCAUCCACCUCUUCCCACGUCGUCGACUCACCCCGCACCGCUGCAGGUACGUUACCCGCCGCUAGCUUGCUCCCGCAAACCGCUGUCACAUCCGCCUCCGCUUGCCUUAAUUCCAAGGUUAACCCAAUGCAUAAACCACAAAACGCUGUGUUGCUAUCAAUCGCCCUAGUAAAGGUACGUGAUUCUGCUGAUCGAUGGCAGAAUGCUCGCUUAUUAUUCGAUUCAGGUUCUCACGCCACAUUCAUAACUGAGGCAUGCGUACAACGUCUAGGUCUAGCUCGCAAAUCUUCGUCCAUAUUUGUAACGGGAAUUGGCGCUUCUCAGGGUGGCCGUUGCAGAGGCGAAACGACGUUAUUCCUUUCUUCGCGACAUUCAAGUGAAUGCUACCCCAUCAACGCAUUAAUUUUACAAAAGAUUACGGGCGAUUUGCCGUCGCAGAGCUUAAGCGUUCCUGAAUGGUCUCACAUCAAGGGACUGUUCUUAGCUGACCCGCACUUCAUGGAACCCGGCCGUGUAGACAUCUUAGUGGGCAUGGACUAUAUGGAUCGAUUCAUUUUAACUGAGCUGCGUAAAGGCCCACCUGGCACGCCAAUAAUACAGAAAACAGUCUUUGGCUGGACGUUGUGUGGAAACGUAGAUACAUCCGUUCCACCCGCAAACCAUAUACAAUCAUUACACUGUGAUGUACAUUUAGAUAGAGCAUUGGCUAGAUUGUGGGAACUUGAAGAAGCGCCGCAAACACGAUAUCUUACCCACGAGGAGCGGUACUGCGAAGAACAUUUUGAAUCAACUCAUAUUAGGAAGCCGGACGGACGCUUUGUAGUGGAGUUGCCACUCAAGGUCGACGUGCCAUUAGGUGAAUCAAGGAGUCUCGCCGUACGAAACUUAUUACGCAUGGAGCGCAGAUUUGCCGGUGAUCAGGAUCUGUGGACACGCUAUAACGAAUUCAUGCAGGAAUUAAUUGAAAUGGGUCAUAUGGAGGUCGUGCCUAAAACGAACUAUGCGAAAUAUUAUAUGCCACACCAUGCUGUCGUAAAGGAGUCCAGCGUUACGACAAAAUUGCGAGUUGUGUUUAACGCGUCUGCUAAAACCACAACGGGGAAUUCCCUCAACGAUGCGCUUUAUGUUGGUCCUCAAUUACAAGAAGACUUGUACUCCAUACUUUUGCGCUUUAGAAUGCACAAAUUCGCAGUAACUGCAGACGUUGCAAAAAUGUAUCGACAAAUCUGUGUUUCAGCUAAACAUGUCGACUUACAUCGAAUUGUUUGGCGCUCUAACCCAUCUCUACCUAUUACAGAUUACCGCAUGCUACGCGUAACUUAUGGAAUUGCGUCCGCCUCGCAUUUGGCUGUCAAAUCGAUGCAACAAACCGCGAAACAAUCUUCCAAUACUUUUCAGAAAGCAGUCGACGUAAUUCUUAAAGACUUUUACAUGGACGAUCUUCUCUCUGGUGCGUCUAGCAAGUCGGAACUUAAAGCAUUGCAGCGAAAUGUGUCCGAUAUUCUACGGGAAGGUGGGUUCGAGUUAAGAAAAUGGGCGUCAAAUUGUACAGAGCUAAAUGAGACUAUCGCUAGAGAAUCCAAGAACAUAUCACACUACACCGUAGAUGGCAACAAUGUACAUGCUCUGGGACUAAUUUGGUAUAUGGAAGAGGACUAUUUUACAUUUUCCAUUUCUCUAGGAGAACCGCCCCACGUCUUAACUAAGAGAGCAUUUCUGGUCGAUGCCAGCAAACUUUUUGAUCCAUUGAGUUUACUUUCACCCGCAACAAUCAGGUCGAAAAUGUUGUUGCAGGACAUCUGGCGUUCCAACACUGGAUGGGACGACCCAGUACCAGAUACGAUAGGCAAGGUGUGGCUUGAUCAUCGUUCGCAAUUACAACUUUUAUCUGAACUUAAGGUCAACCGUUGGGUUGGAGUCGGGACGAUAGGCUCAUUUACUGAGUUGCACGUUUUUGCCGACGCUUCCGAGCGCGCCUAUGCCGCAGUCAUAUAUGCGCGCACUGUACAUAGGGAUGGUCACAUUACAAUCGGCUUAAUUUCAUCAAAGACUAAAGUUGCCCCGCUAAAAACAACAACGCUACCUCGCCUCGAGUUGUGUGCUGCACAUCUCGCCGCAAAAUUGGUCAAGGCCGUCAUGCAAAGUUGGAAGGAUUUUUGCUGUCCACUGGUAGCAUGGACAGAUUCCACCAUUACGUUGGCGUGGCUGCAAGCACAUCCUAAUAAAUGGGAAACAUUCGUCGCAAACCGUGUCGCCUAUAUUCACGAGGUCCUGCCUCCCGAGUGCUGGAACCAUAUACGCUCUGAAAGCAAUCCUGCGGACUGCGCAUCCAGAGGUAUAUCUCCGCUUCAACUUAUGCAUCAUGAGUUAUGGUGGUUCGGACCUGACUUCUUACGCGAAGAGGAACAGUUCUGGAAGCAGCCCGCGCAAAUAAUGCAUAAAACCGAAAUAGGCUUACGAAAGAAAACUCAAAAUGGUUGGACUCCACAAUUGGGCUCCAAAGGGCGGAAGGCGAUGAGUAAGAGAGUAAAAGAGCGAGAGGGAAUUAAAUGGUGGGUGAAUGCAACUGAUCGAAAAGGACAAUUUACACGCUAUGUGGAAGAACAUUUGGGCGCCUGUCUGUAG